UAACGUUGUCACUAAUGUUGAAGAUAGUAUGUGUAGCAUUGAACCAACUACCCUGUCGCAAGCUAGAAACAGCAAAUCCCUGUUGGAGGGGCGACAAUUCUUUCAUUCUCGUACAUUUCAGCCAAUGUCAUCAGAGUACUUGUUUGGUGACGAAGACAGUGACGACGAGGUUGAUGAUGAGAUUACUGAACUUGAAGAAAAAAGAAGGCUGGAUAGGUUUGUGGAUGCUACCCAACAUGAGAAGCGAUUGAUGCUUCUCUGGAACUCAUUUAAGAGAAAGCAAAGGGUGGUGGCAGACGGACACAUUCCGUGGGCUUGUGAGGCGUUUUCAACCCUGCAUAGACAAGACUUUCUCCAGAGUCCAGAAUUGCGCAUGUGUUGGAACGUAUUCAUGGUUAAGCUAUGGAAGAUUGGUCUUCUCGAUGCAAACACGAUGAACAACUGUGGAUCCAUACUUGGCCAAAAUUCUGAAAAGAAAAACUGAUUGAAGGUUUUGUUGUUGUGUUAAGAUGUAGGUCUCAAGAAAACAUUAUAAGUUGUUUCUAAUUCACUUAGGUUUGUUCUUGCAGUCAGUCAGAUUUUGAUGUUUGUUGUAUAAGACAAUCUUCCCAUUCAGUUCC